CCGAGCGGCCUUGGAGAGCGGACGUAGUUUAUUGCGAGGUUUGGGAGAAAUAAAUCAUUAUUAUUUUGUGUAUAAUAUAAUACUGUGGAUCUGUUACGGUCAGUUAGAGAUAUGUACUAUUAAAUUAAAUAAAAAUAAAACUGUAGCGUUGUUAAGUAAAAAAAAAGUCGCAGUGAGAAGUAAGUGGAAGCAGAAUGAGCGGAUCGCAGGUAGAAGUAACCGGACCCAAUGGCGCCGCAGGAGCCGUGCGCUGCCGCGAGUCCCGCUGCGAGCCCUCGGAGGAGCAGUACUGCCGGCUGGACGACGGGCUGGACCACCUCGCCGACUGCCACUACGCCAACUACCUGGAGACGCUGCGCCACCUGCAGGAGUACCAACCUUCCCGCAGCGCCGCCGCCGAGGAGCCGCAGUCGCAGGGCCCCGUCGUCACCGCCGACCGCAUGUGGUGCGCCACGGUCGUCGGCGUCGCGGAGCACCCGAGCGGCGCGACGCACGCCACGUACCGCGCAUGCGUGCCGCGGGACGGCGAGCGCUGCCGCGAGCUGAUGCAGCUGGCGACGGAGCGCAUGCGCGUGCACGCUCUGGGCGGCCACCAGGCCAAGGUGCGCGUCAACUGCACGCGUUGCUCCACGGACGCCUGCAACACGGCGGCGGGUCCUCACAACAUGGCGGCGUCAUUGCUGCCGCUGCUGCUGCUGCCGCUGUUGGCCGCCUGUCAUCCACAGUUUGCAGUCAUGGAUCAGUGAUGGCCGUGGAUGAUUCUUGUCUCCUGCGCACGUAGCCAGAAUUGGAUUACGAUUUGCCACUAGAACUUACACGUUUUUGUCAAUAAUAUUAAUAUUAAAAUAAAUAGAACAAGCCUUUUAAAAAUCCACUAAAAAUUAAAACUUAAACGUUUACUUCAUUAAAAAUCAGUCAUACAAAGCAAUGAUAAAUGCCAUAACCUCGAAACCAUACCAUAGCUGAGUCAACAAAGAAACACUAGUUUUUUUUACAAUUCUAUUAGAAAAUAAUCCAACCGUUGAAUGUUGGGACCACAAAGUUUUUCACUGCGCAGCUUGUGCGCGCAUUAUUCAUUCAUACUCAGUCUAUGCACGAUUAAUGCCACGAUUACAGGAAUUAUUCAUAAAUAAAAUUAUAUGGCGUUUACCGCACGCGCAGUCCCCACAGAAGAAUUUUUUUUUUUUGCCCAGUAUUGAACGGCUUUUUUUGCCACUAUAACGGUCAAAAAACGCGUGUGAUACGAUGUAAGGAACCGGCCACUUUGUUGAGGUUACUUAACUCGCAUCACUUAGAAUGUCUUGGUUCCGAUGCCGUUGUGCUUUUAAAUGAAUCAAUUGGGAAAUUACCGCUUAAUAAUUUUCAUUAAUAUUAACAUAAGCGUGUAUGUGAUGGAGUAUCAUUUGUAAACAAACUUGCAUGGCAUGUUCACAACUUUUUUAAGUUUGGCAGGUCUGUUGAAUUGUAAACCAGAGUUGGAGCCAUGCGUAGAAGACAAGAAUCGAGCCAUAACAUAUCACUUGUCUUUUUUUUUUUUUUGCAGCAACUUUGUAAAGUACAUACAAGUCCAAGCUGAUCGUUUCGGAGUUAAUAUCUGGCAGUCCUUCCUGUACAAAAGUAAAUAAAAUUAUAUUUCUAGCAUAACCUCUCUUGCAUCUGUUUGAACUGACAGCAUAUUGUCACAAGUAGCUUCGUAUUCCAAAACUUUUGACUAAAAUUUGACUCGUGCUCAGAUUUUCAGGAAUACAGUAGACGAAAGCAGAUUUAUUAUUUCAUUAGACGAUUCGACAAACAACAUGACUUGUCUUUUAAUUCGGAACUUAACGCUACCUUUGUUCAUUAUAUCAAUCGUAAAGAACAUAUUGAAUUUAAUGUGCUAUCACAAGAGAAGUGUAACGACUAAACACUAACUAAAGCUUUCUUUGUCCCUUCAUAUGCAACACGGCAUUGCAAUUGCGUUUAUUUCAAAGUGCAAAACAAUAGGAAAACAGUUUCAUACAGUUACUAAACUUAUUGUAAAUGUGGUUAUAAAUAAAGAAAACACUAUGCUUACGCUUAUCAGUAUUCACUGUAGGAUUGUUUUGUAUAGAACUUGUCGUUUAGUUCGUGAUACAUAUUGUGACUACAGAUCCCUUGAUGUCACUAAAACUAGAAUAUGUAAUACGACUUUUGGCUGAAGUAAUUAUUAUUAAAGUUUCUAUGCUCCCUUAAAAAUAAAUAUAAAAACAAACUAAAAAUACAAACUAAUGAGAUGAGAGCAAUAACAUCUAGAAAGUGAUAUUUUGUAAGGUAAUAUCACAUAAUAUUACUGUAAUAGGAUUUUUUUUUUUGCGUCAGAAACAAAUUAGGGUUACUCAGAACAUUAUCGAAUACAGGUAGCUACCCUUGAGUUCUAUCACUUUAAAUAAGUGAUUAUAAUUGAAAAAUGUAAGGCUAAUUGUACAGUUUGCUUUGUGUAAUACUUCAAAGUUAACCGUUGACAUUAAAUAUGUAUGUACGUUUAAUUUAAUAUGCGUGUGGUAGCGCCUGUACGAUAUGCAGCCAGUAUCGCUGCUUUACAUGAACGUGUAGCUUACGUUCAAGGGGUCGCAUUAGGAAACGAAACAAGUAAAAUGGUUCCCUGCAACCUUGACGUAAUUUUUACUGGUGGAAAUAUUAAAACUGUUUGGGUAUAAAGCACGGUUUUAAACAUUAUAGCACCCACAACCUGUGAGGUUUCUUUACUGCCGCUGUAGUUGGCUAUAAAUAUUUAUUCUCCCUUGUGACACGACAUUUGAUUGUAGGUUAACCCCAGCUUAUAAACUACGUGUACUGAUGUGCUGAUGUACUGAUGAGUUAAAUGCAAACAUCGAAGUUCAUGGUGCCUCUGCAAACUCUCGGCCAAGUCACUCAAGGAGUGUGUUUUACCUCCCCAUCUGAGAUCCACUAACAUGAACCCUAAUCGAUGUCUGCCGUCAUGACACCGUUAUGUCUUUAUUCUCAGCGAGCAACGGAAGUUGUGAGACACUAGCAAAAAAUUCACAAUGUUUUCACUAUAAAAUAUUUUAUGACGUAAUGUAUUUUGACAACAUUACUAUGAAAAGAAAAUUACAUAAUAUAUAUUUCUUUUUUUACAGUUUUUAAGCAAUUAUAUUCUCUGCAUUUCAAUUAGUAUUCGUUAAAUACGCUCACUAUGGCAGAAAAGUGAUGACCAAUCUGUCUUUUUUUUUAUUAAAAUACAUUCUCAGUUCUGAAAAAAAAAAAAAAAGCUCUUUUUUUUUCCUUCGAGCAAUUGUAAAUAUUAGCUUCUUAGUCUGCGCUCUUUGUCGUUCGAAAACAUUCCACGCGACGUCUGUCGUAAAGCGGGGGCCAAAAAAAUGCCAGAGAUAUGUCAGUCACGUCGCGUGCGACACGCGGCGAUGUUAGAUUACCAUCGAGCAUUUUAAUGUUGGCAUGCUUGCGCGCACAGGCACAGAACCUGGAUGGGAGGGGUUGAGGAAGGGAGGGAGGUAAUAACUGGCGCUUGGCGUACGUGUAAUAACCGAGUGAUUUCAUGAGCUGUCCAACCAGCUACGCGUGACUUGAGCGGGAUUAAUUAAAGCUAACACUCGACACGCUACACGAAGGUCAUUCACCCAGCUCUUCGUCCACAUAACCUCGCUGUAGUGAGCUCUGACGUCACGUAUGUUGAACCUUCCCCCGGUUACAACGAACUUUGACCGGAGGUUUUUUUUUCUUUUUUAGAAAAAAAGCACAAAUUGCAAAGAAGAUAAUAUCUGCACCAAAAAUUCUCUGUUUCUGUUUUCUUAAACGACAUUAACAAUAAUACAAAGAUGUCCUUAAAAAAAUUGUUGUUGAUUUUAUAAAAUCUUAAUAUUAAUGCAUUUUUAUUGAAGUUUGUCAAAGGAAAUAGAACUCUUUUUAAAUGUCUGGAUGACAUUAUUUUUGACAUCGCACUGUCCGUUUACACACUUAUAGGGUUUGAAAAUAUAUUUUCAGGACUGUAUCAGGACUAAUAUUGUAAAACAAUUUUCCUUUCGCGAACACAUUUGUAAUUACACAUAAGAAUUCUUUAUAUUUGUACAAAUAUUUACCACGUAUAAUACAGACUGAAUUUAUAUGGGGUGAAUAUAUUUUAACAACCAUUUGUUCUUCUGGGGGAACUUAUUUGUGUCUAAAAUUUUAUUAUAAAAAUAGUGUUUAAGUGUAAGUGUAUAUUUUGUAAAUCUAUUUUAUUUUUAUUAACAAAUUGAAAUGUAAAUAAACUGCGUUUUACUACUA